GUGGCUCAAUUGCGCCUCGCACGUUGGCCAGGCAGCAGGUCCUUGCGUCUACUACCGACAUCGGCAGCUAGAAUCGGCAACCGAAAUAUCCGAGAAUAUCCUUCGUCGCCGGCUUGCGAAUUACGCGUAGUAAGCUGAGCAGCUGAAUAGAACUGAACUCAACUGAAACACAACAGAACUCACAGAAUAAUACGUAGGCUUUGCCGGCUCAAUUGUGUUUUGUGUGUUGUUUUUUUAUUUUUUGACAGUGUGCAGUUGUUGUUGUUGUCGUUGGGCAAGGUGUAUCCUGCAUCCCUGUAUCCAGCAGCGUGUUGUUCAAGUACAGUAUUCCCCCCGGCGAACCGCGUGCUAUUUCCGUUUCCGUGUGCGUGCAAUUAGCAGGCGGCAUGGCGGCGCAGUGCCGCCGCUACCGCAAUCGAAGGCCCAAAUGCUGCAAGACAAUGUCAUUGGCGGUUUUGAUUUUGGGUCUGAGUCUGAGUCUAACGGUGGCGGCCGUGGCAGCCGGAAAUGACGCCAUUUCCGCGCCGAAAGCGGGCAAGGAUCUGCAACAGCAGCGCCAUCAGCAGCCAUCGGAGAUUGGAAACAAGGAUUUUGACUUUGCCGCCUAUGUGAAUGAUUUCAAUUUGCAAGAAGAGGCCUCCAUUCCGGAGGACAUAUUUGACCAGCACGACGGCGACAUUGGGGAUGAGGACAUCGAGUCGGCUCACAUUCAAUAUGCUCCCGCUGCUCCCGCUGCUCCAUCUCCUGCAUCUGCUGCAUCAUCUGCCAAUGCCGAGGAGGUGGACAUCGGCAGCGCCAACGAGAAUGAGCAUGGGGAUGAUGAUGAUGAUGUGGGGCUGUUGCAGGAGGAGGAGGAGGAGGAGGACGACGACGACGAUGCAUCCGAGGCAGCUGAUAUCAUACUUGAAUCUCAAAGGCCCACUACAAGGAAUUUCAGUGUUUACCUGGACGCUAAGAAAUACCAAAAUAACAACGAUAAGAAGCGUUCCAAGGAGCAAAAGAAGAACAAUAUCAGCCACCACAGCAACUACAAAUUGAAAAACAAUAAAGAGAACAAUCACCAUCGGCUAGCCAAGGAAACUGUCGCCGGAAAAUCGGAAAUGGAAACGCUUCUUGGUGGCGGAACCAAGUUCACUGCCGGCGACGAGAAGCCACAGCAGCAAGAGGAUCAGGAGGAGCAAGUGGAGCCAGUGGAGCAAGUGGAGCAGGAGGAAGACGCGAACUUUGGCAGGCAAAGUUUUGCGUAUACAAAAUUGAAGUCAAGUCAACAGGACAAGAAGCGGGGAGAUGAUGGCGACGAUGGCGACGAGGUGGAUUUACUGGAGGCGGAAUAUCCACCGUCCCAGCUGUUUGAUGCUAUUGAAAUAUUAAAUGAACGAAAAUUUAAUAAACCAUCUGCCCCAGCAACGGACAACGGACGACUCCAGCUGCAGAGAAAGGAGAAAGAGCAGCAGAAGUCCAGACAGGUGGACGAGGCCAUUGGCGAUAUCGAGGACAAUUUGGAUAAUGAUGAAAUAUUGCCCACCAGCAACGGUGAGCACGAAGACGAUGGCGACAACGACGACGACGACGAAGACGAAAACGAGGACAUUAAGUCGGUCAUUGACAAUGAUGAAUUGGCCAAAAAGUAUCCAGUAGCCACAUCAACAACCACCAAGGUCCCAACCACUUUGUUGGCUACAUCGAAAGCCACCAGCAGCACCACCACCACCACAAGGGCAACAUCCACAACAGCAACAGCACCAUCGACAACAACGACACCACCAAGAGCUCCAGCACCAACAAUUGGCCGCAAGUUGAAGAGGAAUUUCUUUGGUGUAGCGCAGCCAGAGAGUAGAUACUAUGGCAGCUAUGAUAUCGGCAGGAUUCGUGCCCAGACCCAGGAAAAGGAUGCCACCGAGGAGGAGAAGGACGAGGAUGUGGGCGAGUUGCACUAUUACGAUACCAGCAGCGGUGGCAACUCCAGAAAGUUGGUCAGUUUUGAACCCGAAAAAUCCGAGGAGAAUUACUUAAGCAGCUACUUUCCCGGCAAAUCGAAUGCAACCGAGAAGAAACAGCAACAGCAGCAGCAGCAACAUGUUGUUGCACGGAACAUGCAAUAUGCAACACGUUACGUGGAUGACGACUACGCCGAACAACAACCGCCGGUGGAAAAGUCCAAGUUGGAAACACCCUGGGAGAAGUCGAACGAAAACCGAAAGGAUGCGGUGCAACUGGAGGAUGGCAAAUUGGAAUCUGAUUUGGAAUCUGCAUUGCAGCAAUAUCACGAGGCCACCACGGCCACGCCCACUGUCACCGCCGGCCCCUCGUCGGCAUUUGAACGCUUCAAGGCGCUGCGAAGGAGUCGCCAGCGCACUGGACACAAGAGUCACAAGAAGCGGUACAAGGACUAUCUGAAGCGGCAGCAAGCGAAGGUGGAAGUGACACCUCCACCAGAACCCGCUCCAGUGGCUACCAUCUCCACCAGGCACCUGCAAAAGUUGCAGAAGGAGCGUGAAAGAUCCACACACUCGGCGCCGAUCUUCGCCCUCGGUUUGCGACCACAGCGCAACUUGGUGGCCACCGGGAAGCCCUUCUACGAGGGUCAGGUCAACUACUAUGACAAUCAACAGCAGCCGGAUGUGGAUCUGAAGCACCACACGGAAAUGGAGCGUUUGAUUGCCCAUGACAAUGGCAACUGGUAUCGGCGUAUUAGUCCGGUUUUGCGCAAUGGUGUGAAAAGUGAUCCGCCGGCGAAGGAGCACCACCAUCAUCACCAUCACAGUGGCCAACAUUUGGGCAACCACCACCACCACCACAGCCACCAUCAUGGUUACACUCACAAUGGGCCGCACAACCAUCGCAGUCAUCACAGUCACAGUCACCAGAAGAUGAGUCACCUGAAAUCGCGUCCACGUAAUCCCUAUCAGCGCAAGGUGCCGUUGGGCAUUGGUGCACCCAGUCCACCGCCACCGCCCACACCACCGCUGCCACCACCGAAACCACAGCUUGGACAUCAAAUAACCGAGCUGGAACAUCUGGAGCGUUACUAUGCCAAGUGGCCGCAUCUAGCCAGGGUGCAGUUCCAGGUCUACGAUGAGCACUAUCGCGAAACGCAUCCCGAACUCUAUAGCGACUAUGAGGAUGACUACGAGAGUGCCGCCGAGCUGGAGGAGGCGCAGCAGGAGCGUGGUGAGGAGGCCAAUCUGCCGCCCUAUAUCAAGAAGUAUAAUCGUCGGAACAAGCAGUUACUCAAUCUCCUGGAGGGCACACUGCCCACGCCCACACUCAGUCCCGGUAAUCCGCUGGGCAGCACCGAAACGGUGCGUCUGGAUGAUGAGUACCUGAAGGAGAAGCGGCGACGUUACCAUCAGCAUCAGCGUUUCGAGGAUUUGUUUGCCCAGCAAAAGAGCAGGUAUAGCACCACACAAUCGACGCCCAAGGAUGCGGUUACUGUGGCCAAAGCGGAGCAGCCAUCGAAGGAGAACCCAGUGAGCACAUCGACAACAUCAUCGCCCAACAAUCAGUUGCCCGAGGAAGAUGCACUCGUUGUCUCGGGCGAGGAAACCGAUCCGGCACCCGAAACUCUGGACUUUUGGCAGCGCGAAAUGGCGAGUAAGGCGGGUGGUGGCAAGACAGCGGCAACAACCACGCCGAAACCAGCGCUCUUCAAGCUCCCAUCUUAUCCAGCCAUCGCGGGCAGCUUUCUGGGCACACCGCGCAGUCGCAGCCGGAGUGCCCAGUUCGUGGCGAAUGUGGCUGGCCGGGGUCAGAGUAGUUGGCCCCGCUUGGAGACGGGUAGUUCCACGGAGAAACCCGCUGGCGGCGGAACCACCGAGGGCGGCGGAGUCGGAACAGCCGGCAGAGGGGCAGGUGGAGGAGGAGGAGCAGCUGGUGGAGGAGGAAGAGGAGAUCCAUCGCCGCUGAACUCCUUCGUUUACCAUCGCGUGGUAGACGACAUGGGCGUGGGCGGAGCAAGUGGACCCGCCAUUUCCGGCUUCGUCGGCAGCAGUAGAGGCAAACAGUCGCGUCUGCCAUUCGUGGCCAUCACGGAUCGACGGCUGGAGAAAUCGCUGGCGGAGCGACACAAAGACUUUGAGCAGAAUCACUUUCCGAUGCCUUAAGCCGCGAAUUUGUGCAGCAAUGGACGAGCUGGAAAAGCUGAAGAUUGAGACGAAUGGUAAAGGAAAAAUUAACAAUGAGUUGUUAGCAUUGCAUGGAAAGGGAAAAAUAUCGCAAGAAAUAAUACAAAAAACUAAGAGCUUUUAAAUAAAUAAUAUCAGUAUCGCAACUACAUCUUUUUAAAUAGUUUCGCUUAAAUUGAGAAUUCUGUAAAUUGAAAAUAAAAAUUGAGUUGAAAACUUCCGACUGAUAUUAUAAAAAUAAGAUUUUUGUUUCAUUUAAACCAGAUACGAGUAAAAUCCCUUUCAAAUUACAGUUUUUAAGCCACAAUUAAUUGAUGCCAGCCAAAUUUAAAGGGUUCUGCUUCUUUUCCCAAAUAUGAAAUGCGAUUAAAAAUUGUAUAUUUCCCUUGCCACACAUGUUAUCAACUCAAAAUCUAAACAUAAUUCUAGUACUAUAUUAUAGUCGCCGCUUUCGGAUGUAUUAUUUUUGGUGUUUUAUGUUUUACACGGGAAAGGCCGAAUCGAAUCAAAGGAUAUAUAGAGAUAAUUGUCGAAAACGAUUUUUUUGUGUGGUGAAUAUAUAAAAAACAUUAAGCGAUAAACGUUAGAAAAAGAAAAUACAUAAAGUAAAACAAACAAAAAAAAAGAAUUGUAAAACUAAAGUUAAGCGAAACCCUUUUUUUUUGUGUAUAAAUAGCGAAAACACUUGUAGACAAACACGUAUACAUACAUAAACAAGGUAACACACACACAAACACACACACACAGACACUCAAAGAGCUGUUAGAAAUUAAAAAGUGAUAACCGACAAAAAUAUAAUCAUUUCCGCCUUAGUUUCGAUUGGAUUUUGUUCAGUUCUAGAAAGCAUUGCUUUUGGGUGUAAAGUAGCUGAAAAUUAGAUGAAAUUGUUAGCAAAGAGCCUCUUCAACAGUGCUGUCAUGAGCCAAGGAUUGAAAGGAUUGGGCAAUUCAGAGAGAAAAUAACGAAUUAUUGAACAUUUGUUACGGAUUAUCAUAAGUUCUUUAUAAACGUGUCCAAAAGUAUGCAAUACAAGUUAACAGAUUAAGGCAGCUUAAGUUAAUUUAUUGCAUACUUUCGCACACCUUUAUAAGAAACAGAACAUGAAUUUAUGUUUCUUUCGAAAGAAGAAUAAAUCUAGUGGGAAAAAGGCCAGAAUGGCAGCACUGCUCUCCACACACACACACACUUAAAGCUUUCCUAUCGCCCUUGCACGCGGAAUCCAUCGAAAUAGGUUUCAAAAUUAAGCAAAAGAGAUGACAGCAAGAUAAAGAAAAAUUCAAUUUGAACAGAAAACAAUGACAAUGUUGCACCAAACUACAAAUAGUUGAAGAAGCAAAAUGUAUAACUACAUAUCAAGGUAAAAACAAGACAAUUAUAGAUGUUAAACUAUUUUUUUCGGACUCAAGAAAAGACAAUUAUAGAUGUUAAACUAUUAUUUUCGAACUCAAGAAAAGACAGUUAUAGAUGUUAAACUAUUUUUUUCGAACUCAAGAAAAGACAAUUAUAGAUGUUAAACUAUUAUUUUCGAACUCAAAAAGAAACUAAUAAUAUCCGUAAUAAUGAUAUAAGUUUAUAAACAUGUUUACAAUAUAUUAGUUUAUUUAAAAAGAUAACAUUUUUUCUAUUUAAAAAUAUGUUACGAAAUUAAAUAGAUUUUCCUUAAACAUUUUUGCAAUAAUAUUUUCUAUUACUCCUAAGUUGUUAGGUUUUUUAACAAUCAAAAGGAAAGAGAGAAAAAAAGGAAAAAAAGUGCAAAACGCUGAAAGAUUUUGCGCAAAAAGAAGUCGAAAAGUUAGGGAAUUAAAAAUACUUUGUGCAGAGAAAUUAAAGAAAGCAGCUAACAAAAAUGCAUUUCCACAGCUUCAGCCGAAUUACGAGCUCACACACACGCACACUGACACAAAGUAUGUGAGGGGCAAUAAAAAUUUCAUAAGCAAGGCGGAUGAAGGAGCGGGCAAAAGAAAGUCGUGGAGAAAGAGCGAAAGAGCGGAAGAGAGAGCAAUGCGGUGUAAUUAACAUAUCAAAAGCGUAACGCGAAGAGGGGAAAAAAUGAAAAUGGAAAAAAGCGCCAAGCAAUUAAAACUAAGCGCAGUGGCAAAAUUAUUCCUAAACUGGAUUCAUAAAAGUAAUUUCGAGCGAUAAGAAUUAUCUUUGUGGCACAACUUAAAACGUUCAACUUUAAACAAUUUGGGUUUAAGGGCAAGCGAAACACCGAUUUCGAUUUUCCGAUUUUCCGGAUUCGCAGAAUCGUACGCUGUUUGUUUGUUGUUGUACAAUUUAAUUGGAAUUUGAGUUGAUAUACAAAAUAAAAUAAAAAAGCCGGGAAAAUGGAUGGCAGAGCGUAAAAACCUUCAAAGGUAUCAGCUUAUCAAAAAAAAAACCAAAACAAAAAAAAAAGAAAAGAAAGACACAACACAGAGAACACACCCACAUAUACACAUGUAUACACAUCUCAUUAUGUGGUAACAUUUUAAUGGAAUGAAAUUCAAUAAAGCAACAAUUUAUUAUUUACGCAUAAA